UAUGGAUUAAUCAAAGAAGACUCUCGUCAACCCAGAGACUAAUGUUUAUAAUUUGAGUGGAAAGACUCUACCAAAAACAUCAGUGUUUGUUACCAAAAUUUAUUUGAAGAGAUUUGAUGUUGUAGAGGUACAUGCAUUAGGAGAAACAAUCUCAAAGGCAGUAAGAAUGGCUGAAUAACUUUAAAGAUAGAGUAUCUUUUAUAAAAUUACUCUUAGAUUAUGUGACAAUUGAGAAAAUCAAUACAUUCACUCAGAAAUUCGAUGAUGAUAGAUCCAAAGCCAAGAUUGUUAUUACCUUAAAAGUGACUGCUGACGGAAAAAAGAGAGUCAUUGAGGAGAUUAAAUAAUGAU